UCGAUAGUUUUGUUGAAAUUGUCUGGUGUAUGGAGACACUGUUUCUCAGCGCACGUGCAGGGAAAUAAAGACAUUUUUAAACUUUUUGUUGUAUAUUCAUCAAGUUGUUGUUCUUGCAUUUUUAAGCUGUAAACUGAAUUUAAUUUACUCAAUAUGGAAAAUACAGAUCCCAAAGCGAAUGAUUAUACUGAGCUGAGCUCUGAUGAUGAAGCAUACAAUGACAUCGAGGAUGAUGAUGAAGAGAUCGGCGAGGAUGAUGGCGAGCAAACAACUUGCUUGUUUUGCACCCAGGUUGCAAAAAGUAUCGAUGUGGCCAUAGAUCAUUUAAAUAGCCAACACAAUGUGAACUUGUCGCAGCUGAAGCAGAAAUUUCAAAUGGACCAAUAUGCAUUUAUUAAACUAAUAAAUUACAUACGAAUAGGGACGAUUAGUGCAGAGCAAUUACUAUUAACAGAACAGCCCCAGUGGAAUGAUGAGAAAUACCUGAAGCCUUUGGCGUACGAGCCAUGGCUGUGCUAUGACUACGAAUCCCUCAAGACUGACGGGCCAGAAGAGGCAGCGGUGGGCACACAAGAACUGAUGCAACGCCUUGCGGAGCAAGGUAAACUACUGCAGCAGGCCAGCGAGGAUAUGGAACGGAUGCGUAACGACUACAAGGCACUCCUGCAGAAGGUGCACAGCGAUACCGACAUUGGCGAUAAGGAUGAUAUGCCUGGCGUUGUGCGCAACUCUAAAACCUUUGAUAAGGAAUACUUUAAUAGCUACUCCCACUUUGGCAUCCAUCUUGAAAUGCUUAGCGAUAAGGUGCGCACCAGUAGCUAUCGAGAAGCUCUAAUGCAAAACGAGAAGUUCUUGCGUGGCAAAACCGUUCUGGAUGUGGGCUGUGGCACAGGCAUACUCUCAAUAUUUGCAUCACAAGCGGGCGCCGAGAGCGUCGUAGGCAUUGACAACUCUAAAAUUGUAUACACAGCCAUGGACAUCGUUAGAAAAAACCAGGUGCAAAAUGUAAAGUUAAUAAAGGGACGCUUGGAGGACACGGAACUGCCCGAGCCCAAGUACGACAUCAUCAUAUCCGAGUGGAUGGGCUACUUUCUGCUGUACGAGGCAAUGCUGGACUCCAUUAUCUAUGCACGCGAUCAUCAUCUGAAGCCCAAUGGCAAAAUUCUGCCCAAUCGCUGCACGCUGCAUCUGCUGGGCAUAAAUGAGGAGUUGCAUGGGCAACAUGUGGAAUUCUGGUCGGAUGUCUACGGGGUUAAUAUGAGUGAUUUGCGCAAACGAAGCAUUGAGGAGCCGCUAAUGCAGGUGGUCAAUUCCGACAACAUCCUCACAGAGACUGAGCUCAUUGCCGACUUUGACAUGAUGACAGUGGACUUGAACUAUUCCAAUUUUCAGCAUGAGUUCAAUUUGAAGUGCACGGAGACGGGCAAACUGGGUGCCUUUGCGGGCUAUUUUGAUACGUUCUUCGACCUUGACAGACCGGUCAUGUUCAGCACUUCACCCACUGCGACGCCCACGCACUGGAAGCAAACCGUAUUCUUCAUUGACCAGCCGCAAGAUGUGCAGAAGGGCCAGGUGAUCAGUGGUAAGAUCAGGUCGCGGCGGCAUCAAGGCGAUGUGCGAGCCUUGUGUGUAGAUAUCGAAGUUUUUGGCAGACAUUACAAAUAUACAGUGGAUUGAUUUGUUGGUCUUCAGAUCGUUUUAAUGCAAGAUUUUUGUUGUAAACUGAAUCUGAACUUAAUUAAUUUUAAAAUAAUGUAUAUAUAUAAAUUAAAAUGAGUGCACGCAGCCAGAUAAGCCGGCUUUGUGUUGUUUCCAAAAACAA